GCCUUUCCCCGCCCCGCUUCCUCCGUAAGCCCUUCCUCUUCCCCUCCGACGGGUCGUUUGGCUUCCUGUCCCCCGUCCCUUGGCGCUGGAGCUGCCGACGGCCCCCGGGGGACUGACAGGUUUCUGGGCAUUCCCCCAUCCACAUGUAUCCAGAAUGGCUGCCUUGUGCCUAAAUAAACUAUUGGAUCAGGCCAGAAGGAAGGAAGUGAAUCACAUCACUAAGUAUUUCGCCAGUUUCUUGGUACAACCAGUAAAAAUGACUACAGCCUUGGAAACCUGGAUGAGAGAUUCUCAAAAAGGACUUCUGCCUGUCCCUACACGAGCAUUCUGUACUCACGAAGAUGCCAAGGGGAACCUAAAAGCAAGUCAAAGAACCCCCAGUUUCAAAAACACAAUUGAAAGUGUUGGGAGGAAAAUCCCCCAUCGGAUUAUUCAGCUGAUUGAUGAGAAUGGCGAAAACCAGGGAAACGUUCACAGGGCAGAUGUGAUUCGAAUCAUGGAUGAAAGGGCAGUGAAGCUUGUUCUUCUGAAAGAGAACGCAGACCCUCCACUGUACAGACUAAUGUCCGGGCAGCAGAUCCUCGAAGAGCGGCUCAGACUUAGAGAUAAGCAGAAAGCUAGCUCUAAAAAUGGCCCCGUUCAGCAGAAGGAGAUAACCUUUUCCACAGCAAUUGAGCAGCACGAUUUAGACACAAAGAUAAAACAGAUUCAGCAGUGGAUUGAUAAGAAGCAUCAUGUUCGGGUUACACUGCAGCAAAAGAGGGGUGGUGAUGGACAGGAAAAAAUGCUGGCAUUCUUUGGUCAGAUUUUGGAUACGAUGCCAGGGAAAGCGACUUACCUCUCUGAGCCCCGCACUGUCAAAGAAGGAAGGAGCACGUGUGUAUUGAGGCAUAUGUCGAACAAAGAAAUCCAGGAAUACAAAAGAAUAGAGAAGAACAAAGGAGAUGAGAAGGAGAAGAGAAAGGACAGCACUGAAUCAGAAACCCUCAAGUAGUGAUUUAAAUUUUUU